CUCCGGUACCUUGCUUGCUGCGGAUUGGCUCAUUAACUUCCCUUACAGGGCUUUAUACGAUGUUUAAAAUUUCGAAGUUGCAGGGUGCCGCUUGGCAUCCAGCCUCCUCCCAGCCGUCCACAGACAACAGCGCAGAGAACAGUGUCUCAUUGCAGCAAGCCACCGCAAGCUGUCGCCAUCGCCGUGUACGGAAAUAGAGGGUCAAGAUUUGAAGGCCUACUAGGCAUGAAAUGCACUCAACAUAUAAUAAGGAUGUCCAUCUUCACCCUCUAACUAUCUAUCAUCCCCAUCAUUUCCUACAUUCCUCAUUUCCUCAGUUCGCAAUUUUCUUUAACAGUUUCUCAAAGCAUUUCAUACAGACGUUCGCUUUCUCUUGAAGUCUUUAUUUACGGCGACCACUUAAUUCCUGCAAUCAUGCGUUCAGUAUCCAUAUUGUCUUUCCUAGCUCCCGCUCUCCUCUCCGGUGUCUCUGCAGCCCCGUUCAACAACGGUGCUGCAUGUGGCCUACCUGCUAAAGUCACUACCUACGUGACUGAAUCGCAUUAUACUCCUCCCCCCGAGCCUCCGACCACGUCUAUCUCCCCCCCGGUAUCGACCUCACUUCCUCCUACCGCAACCACAUCCAUUUCUCCACCAGAAUCGAGCUCCACAUCGAGCUUUACCUCAAUACCCGUAUCAAGCUCGACUUCGCUACCCGCAUCAAGCUCUACCUCGACACCCGGGCCGAGCGCUAGCUGUCGUCCAACAUCAUGGACCAGAGAGGGCCACGCACCUUCUGUAGGCAAGCUUCGGGCUGCACUCAUUUUUGUGGAUUUCCCGGACAUGCCCGCCAACACCAGUGUCUCAGAGCUAUACUCGCUCGUCGAAACUGCUCCCGCUGAAUUGUACAAGCAGAUGUCGUACGGCAAACUGGAACUCGAACUAGUACCACUGCUCGAUAAAUUCUACCGCAUGCCCGCAGCGUCGUCGUCGUACAACUACAGCCGCGCGCUCACGACCGAAGCCCACCUCAAGUACAUCAACGACGCGCUGACUGCUGUCGGCCCGUCAGUGAGCUUUGCCGGGAUCGACGUCCUCUACGUGCUUCCCGCCAAGUAUGCAUCUGAGAUUUCUACGUCCACUGCCACCAGUGCCGACGUCACUGCACUAGACGGUACAGUCAUCGGAAACUCAGUCACGUUCGGACAGGACUUGUACUUCAGCUGGGGAUACAAGACAGUAAACCAUGAGACAGGCCACACCUUAGGAUUGCCCGAUUUGUAUCCCUAUGUUGGCGGCACUGUGCCUCAGUGGGUCGGCGGUUUCGACCUCAUGGGCCUGAUUGGUGGACAGUCUCCAGACUACCUCGCAUGGCACAAGUGGCAGCUGGGCUGGGUCGCGGACAACCAGGUCGAGUGCAUCGCCAGUGCCGGUAAGACCACGCACCGCCUCAGCCCAAUCGAAGUCGCAGGCGAGACGACAAAGGCCAUCGCCGUGCCACUCAACGGCACCGCCUACCUUCUUGCUGAAGUCCGUUCUGGCCUGGGCAUCGAUGCUGGCGCUUGCGGUACCGGUGUGCUUCUGUACACGGCUAAUACCGCGGUUUCUGGUGGCAGCGGACCCAUUCGCGUUAUCGAUUCCAAGCCAAAUUCUAAUGGCUGUGGUAACAACAACGGUGGAGAGCUGAAUGAUGCUCCGUUGGCCGUCGGAACUUCCUUUAAUACCGGGUUAGGUGUGGUAGUUACCGUCACGGGACAGGAGGGCGAUGAUUAUAUUAUUGAAGUGGAGCAAAGGAUUUAGUAGUUGGGUAGAAUAUCUGACUUUGAAUUUUAGACUUUCUUGUACAUACAUACGGAAACUUCAUU